ACUUGACAAGCUCCCCACCAAACCCCGUAUAUAUAAACAAAGAAGCUUAGCUAAAGUCUUGAAAUAAUUCAUUUUCAACAAGUCCAAUUUGUGCAAUGGAAGGACUUAUUCCAUUAGUGUACAAGACCAUUAAGAGAAGCAAAACUCGUCGGAGAUAUGAAUGUCUCUCUUUUGGUGCUGCUAACACUUAUAAUGUUGAAAAUUUCUAUCCAAAUAAUGGUUACUUCAAUAGUACUAAUAAAGAGUAUGAAAUGUCAUCAAUUGAUGAUCACAAAGUGGCUGAUGGUGGUGGUGGUGGUGCUGGUCAGGUGGAGAACAACCGCCACCGACGAACGCAGUCCCUCCACGUGGCAUAUACUGGCGGAGUUUUGCCGGAGGAUAGUACUCCUGUGAAGGAUAAACAACUUGUGAGAUUCAGAAGUCACCGUAGAAUGUUUUCAUGUGUAACUGGUGGAUGAAGAAGAAAAAAGAGUAUACCUCUCUAUACUUUUGUUGGAUUUCAAUUUGUUUUUUAUAUGCAUCUAAUACUCGAAAAUUACUAGCUCGAUAAUUUAGAUUUGUGUCCCCUAAGGCUCAAUAUAGAGGAAAUUCUUCCCUCGAACCUGGGAUUGCUGGUGAUUAAGGAUGAAGAAUUCUCAUUCAUACUAGCUAUCAGGAGCUACGGGUUCAGUGGAAUAAAUUCAAUAGCUUUGGCCAAAAUUGUGUAUUUGUGCUAAGAUAUCAACUUAAUAUGUAUAUAUAUAAUUUAUCAAAAAUCCAGUUAUAAGUUGUCUUUUCAAGAAUUCAGAAUUCAUAAACUCUACAUCCCACCACAUUCUUGGUGGUUUUCAAUUGUUUUUAGUUGUAUUCUCUUCCAUAAAUAGGUAUACUUGAAAAAUAAAUACAUGAUUGUUUUUAUAAAUUGCAUAUUUGUGGUUAAAAAAUAUGUGUAUAGAUAAUAUUCCCCGAAAGUGAGUCAAAAUAGGACUUACUAUAGCAAGUCCUCUUGUAAUUGUAGAGUAAUUAAUGUUGAGAAGUUCAGAUUUGCAACAAUGGUCUUCUUCUUCUUGC